GAAAUUAUUGAGACUAAAAGGUGAAUUCCAGAAUGGGACUGUUGUGUUGUCUAUUUUAGGCUAAACAGGAAUGGUUAUUAAAUUGAUAUUUUUUGAGUACUUAUGAAGGAAAAUUAGUAAUCCUUGAAUAAGGAUGGUUUCUCUUGGAGAAGUAAUGUAAAACUUGAUGUUCUAUAGACUUAAUAGACAAGGGGAUGUUACAGAGAAUAAAUUCAUCAGGGCAUAUGACAAUGUCGAGGACAUUUUUUUUGAGCUGUUACAUCUCUGUAUAUGAUUGUAUGUUUAAAUAGUUUUUGGAGAUACUCAUAAUCAGUUUAUCCAACUCGCCUCACGUAUUUUGUUGCUGAGCUGAGACUAUUUUAGUAAUGGAAAAGAAAAUGGAGAAAUUUUUCAUAAAUUUCAUAAAAUUUAUAUUUUAGUGAUGUAAUACCUAAUGGAGAAGAGCUCUGAAUUAAAAUUUUAAAAUAGAGCAAGUUGAGGGUUGAAGAGUGAGGGUGAGGGUGUUAAUUAAUAUAGGACAAUAAAAAGAGGCCUCUGAUAAAAUUGACCUUUAAGCAUACUGUGUGCUCCACUUAAUAGAAUCACUGAUGACUAGGAGCAACCAGUGACUGAGUAAAAUACAGCAACCAAAAUCAUUUGAAAAUUAUGUAGAGCGUCACUAUUAUAGAGCUUUGUUUCUGGUUUUCAGAUUGUAAAUUUGCCUAAAAUAGUAUUUGUUUUAUUGAAAUGUGGAACAUUUAAUUACAGAAGGCUAUUCUGAAUAAACCCUGAUUCUCCAUCUUAAAAGGAGUUUUUUGGGGGGAUGUCAGAUAGAAAAAAAUAAUUACAGAAAAAGGAUAGUUUGGCCAACUUAAGAGUUCUAAUUAAUCACACCCUAAAGGAAACCCUGGAUGUUAAAUUUCUGAUGACCAGACAAUAAACAUUUGGGGGAGGAAAUUGAAAAACUGCUGUUUAGAAGGGAAAAAGGAAUGCAGGAGCCCUGAAAAUUAGAGUCUAAAAGUGUGUAGAAAUUCCACAUGGAACAGACUUGGUGGAAGCAUGAAUUAGAAGUCUAAGACAAGAGGAAUUCCGCUAUUUAAAUUCCCUGUGUUACUUCUAGAAAGAAAAAAUUGAGACAGUUUCAACUAAAUGUCACAAGUGCUAAAACACAGAACAAAGCUAUUUAAGAAUCAAUGCACACUAUUCUGUGUUAAGUAGGGGAAAGGAAGGUUACUGGAAUGUGGUAGUUGACCACAUAGUUCAUUCCAGAACACAGGGCCUAUCCUGGACUUGCACAACCCUAAGAGUGAGUGCCUCAGAGUUUGCACCCUAGGUGCUUCCCUUAAUUUUAGUCCUGGCCCUGCAGGACACAGAGAGCUUAGGGGUCUUUUCUUUGGCCACAAAACUUCCCAUCCCUCCCCAUUGCCUCUACCUUUUCAUAAAAACCUUUUCUCUGCUUGCUUUUCUUUCCAUAAUUAAAUAUCAGAGAUUUAAGUGUCAGUGUAAUAGAGGAAAAAGAAUCCUAUUUCUGAACUGUACCUGCUUAUAGGAAAUAGGUCUAUUCUUCCAGAGGUUUUUCUUCUGACAUGGAUGAUCCUCCAACUCUGUGGAAGGCACCACAGAUUAACCUGAGAAGUGCAGGAAACAGAAUAGAGAAUAGUUUGGUUUUGGCAUGUUGCACAGACAAGACAUUAUAACUUCUCUUUCUAUAGAAGAGCACCUCAAAGCCAGAAGAGAAAGGGAAAAUUAGGGUCAGGGAUUGUCCGGGAAUGUUAGGGGCUAGCCGGUGAGGUACAGCCCUCCAGAAGUCCUCACCCAAUGAUACAGCCCAGGCAGAGGUGGGUGGUCUGAGUUACUGGGUCAUGACCCAGGCUUGAAAAGGAUUAUUGUUCAAAAACUAUGACAGGCAAAUGGCAUUAUCUCUCAGCACCCCUUGAGGUGAGGGGUGCUGAACCCAGGGCAGACUCUAUGCAAUGGCUUAUGAAGGAUUAGCAGGUAGUACUGUCUUACCAGAGCAUGGCAGUGCUGGACAGGAGUAUCUUGACAGGGACCCAUGAGCAGGUGGAGCUAACUAUCCAUCUUAACACUUCAAAGUUUGGUGAACAACUUUUCUUCCCCAACAGCAUAGCUAAAUGAGUCUUAUUCUUUUUUCCAUUUUCUCCUUGUACUUUCCUUUUCAUCCUCUAAUUCAGCCUAUAUGCCCCUCUACCUUUUCAUCCUUGCUCAUAUUAGAAGGAAUGCUGAAUGGUGUGCAUCUCUCUCCCCUACCCGCAUCUAACUGGUACAUCCUUGGAACCCCAUAUUGAGGUCUGCCUAUUCCCUAAAGCCUUUGCUAAUCUGUUGGAUCACUUCUCUGUGUCUUUCAGACACUUUGAAGCAUGCUUUUGAUGUUGACUGGGAGGCACUUAAGGUGAGUGAACAAAGCUUGGAGUUUCACAGGCCUCAGUUGGAAUUCCUGUUCCAUCCCUGACUAGCUCUGCGAUCUACAGUAAGUUCUAUUUCCCUGAGCCCUAUGUCCUCACUUGAAAAGUGAAGAAUCAAAUCAUAUCUUACCUUGCGCGUCUGUUGUAUUAUAUAUGGACAUGUAUAUAGAGUGUAGAAACCCUUUAGGACGAUUCCUGGCGGACAGUAGAUAUCCAGCAACCAUUGGCUUUUAUUGUUAACUUUUGACAUGCUGGAACUGUGAGCAGAAGUGAACUUAGAGGAGAGGAAUCAGGAAGCCAAGAUGAAGAACAAAGGUAAGAUUGGGGACAGACGUUGAGAUCAUGAAGCAUUCUUAAGAGGAGCAGUGAGAGACUGUACAAGCUGCUAGUGACCAGAGGUCAAAGCACAGAUGUGGCCACUGACUUAACAGUGCUGGGAUCAAGGAAAAUAUGCACCAAGUUUUCUUGACCAUGAUGUGGUGAAAAGAUACAUAGCAAAUGUUUAUUGUAUGCUUUUCACAACAGCCCUAAGUUGGGUACUAUUAUAAUGGUUCCAAUUUUCAGGUGAGAACCAUAAGGCAGAUAGUUUAAAUGACUUGCCUAAAGAAACACAACCAAAAAGUUGACACCAAUCAACCUGAGACAAAGAUUAUUUACCUAUUAGAGACUCCCCUGCCCAUAUAAGCAUCAAAGUUCAAAUGUCUCAAGCCGAACAUAUGCAGCCUUUUUCUACAGCACUCCCAAUCCUGCCUGUCCUGACCAUACUCCACCCACUUUAUUAUUUCACUUGAGGUGCUGCCAUCCACCCAGUUACCCAAACUCAGAACCUGAAAGUCAUGUUUGGCUCCUCCUUCCCAGCCCUCCUAAUCCACUCAAUAUUCAGGGGCUGUCAGGUCUACCUUCUUUAUCUUUUGAAUUUGGUCAUUUCUCUCUACAGACAUGAGAAACCUAGUGGAGGCCAAAAAUGGCUCUCACCUAGAUCACUUCUGAAGCUCCCUCGUGGCCCUCCUGCCUUCAGUCUUCCCCCCAUCCCCGUGGUGUUUUCUCCACCCUAGUCAAAAACUUUUUAAAGCUCAAAUGCAGGGAAUGACAUGACCAUAUUUGAGCUUUGAACCCUUCCUUUGACCUUCAUUGCUCUCAGGAGAAAGUCCAAGCUCCUCAACAAGGCAUUCUAAACUCUGUAGAAUCCUGUUUCUGUUUGCUAUUGAGCCCCAAUUCUCGCCAUUUCAAUCUUCUUCUCCUGUUGCACCAAACUUCUCGUUGUGUCUUAAAAACAACCCUCCUGACUGAUUUUUUUUUUUUUUUUUUUUUCCAGUUUAAUACCUAGUCCUGGAGUCACCUCCUCCAGGAAGCUUUCUGUGAUCCUACAGGCUGGGUUAGAUGUUUCUUAGUGAUCCUCUAUUCCCUUAUGAAUAUUGCUGUCACUUCAUUUUAAAAAUUAAUUUAUGAUUAUUCUCAUGUUCAUCUUCUCCACUAGUUGGGAAGUUCUUGUUGAGAGAAUGGACUUGAAUUCCCAAGAACUAGCACAUAGUAAGCCUUCAGUGAAUGUUUCUUGAAUGAAUAAAUAAAUGACCAACUUUCCUAACGUUACAUUAUAAGUUCUGAAACGAACCAAAAUACAUUUUACUCUAGAACCCAUGUUUAUACCAUUAUUGUAUUUGCACAUUAGGGUGGUUAAAAUCCUUCAAGGGCUAAAUUUUAAGGGGCUAAAUCCUAUCAUAAGGUUUUUCUUCCACCUCUUGAAAUUAGUUUUAAUUUUUCAGUAAUACAUUUACAUGACUCAGUAAUCAAACAAUGCACAAAAAUAUUUGGUCAAAAGUAUUGUUCCCAUUUUUCCCUUCUACCUUUCCAAUUCCCACUUUCUCUGACCCAAGGUAACCAAUCUUGUUCAUUUCUUAUAUCUUCUUUCAGCUUUUCUUUUUGCAAAUGCAUGCACAUGUGAAGCUAUAUAUUCCUCUUUACUUCCGUACUUUUAGAAAGGUAUUUAAAUUUUUUUCAAAUAGCUCUGCUUUUUCUGAAGUGGAUAUGUAUUAGAAAAAAGAGCUUGUCAGUAGCCAGCUUGAAUGAAUUCACAGAGAGAAACUUGGAAGAGGACAGCUAGGUAUUCAAUGAGGGAGGGAGAUAAUCCUGCCUGCACACUGACUUCUGGGGAUGUGCAGGGUCCUCCAGGACAGAGCCUAUGGUCCGGGUAUCGCUCAUAGGCAGAUUCUCAAGCUCCCUAAAGUUACAUUUUCUCUGGAACUCUCCUAGGCCACUCCCCCAUGAUGCAAUAUCUGGGUUUGGACAGAAAGGAGGGUGCUUCCAAGCCCGCCUUUUCUCAGCUUCCUGGGCUGGUUCCAGAACAAUUCGAGCUUCACUGAGACUCAGACCUCAGCUCCAACAUUUGCAUUCUGAAGAAAGACGGCUGAGAUGGACAGAAUGCUUCAUUCUGGAAAUAAACAAUGUUCCAGGUCAAACUGAAUCUACCAAAUGCAGACUUUCACAAUGAUUCUAGAAGAAGUCUGGACAAGUCUUUUCAUGUGGUUUGUCUAUGCAUUGAUUCCAUGUUUGCACACAGAUGAAGUGGCUGUUCUGCCUGCCCCUCAGAACCUCUCUGUACUCUCAACCAACAUGAAGCAUCUCUUGAUGUGGAGUCCAGUGAUUGUGCCUGGAGAAACAGUGUACUAUUCUGUCGAAUACCAGGGGGAAUACGAGAGCCUGUACAUGAGCCACAUCUGGAUCCCUAGCAGCUGGUGCUCACUCACUGAAGAUCCUGAGUGUGACGUCACUGAUGACAUCACGGCCACUGUGCCAUACAACCUUCGUGUCAGGGCCACACUGGGCUCACAGACCUCAACCUGGAGCAUCCUGAAGCAUCCUUUUAAUAGAAAUUCAACCAUCCUUACCCCACCUGGGAUGGAGAUCACCAAGGAUGGCUUCCACCUGGUUAUUAAGUUGGAGGACCUGGGACCCCAGUUUGAGUUCCUUGUGGCCUACUGGAGGAGGGAGCCUGGUGCAGAGGAACGUGUCAAAAUGGUGAGGAGUGGGGGUAUUCCAGUGCACCUGGAAACCAUGGAGCCAUGGGCUGCAUACUGUGUGAAGGCUCAGACAUUUGUGAAGGCCAUUGGGAGGUACAGCACCUUCAGCCAGACAGAAUGUGUGGAGGUGCAAGGAGAGGCCAUUCCUCUGGCACUGGCCCUGUUUGCCUUUGUUGGCUUCAUGCUGAUCCUUGUGGUCGUGCCACUGUUCAUCUGGAAAAUGGGCCGGCUGCUCCAGUACUCCUGUUGCCCCGUGGUGGUCCUCCCAGACACCUUGAAAAUAACCAAUUCACCCCAGAAGUUAAUCAGCUGCAGAAGGGAAGAGGUCCAUCCCUGUGCCAUGGCCGUGAUGUCUUCUGAGGAAAUCUUCAGGUCCUGGAUCUCAUAGGCUUGGGGAAGGGCCCAGGUGAAGCUGAGAACCUGGUCUGCAUGACAUGGAAACCAUGAGGGGACAAGUUGUGUUUCUGUUUUCCUCCACCAACAAGGGAUGAGAGAAGUAGGAAGAGCCUGUUGUCUACACGUCUAGAAGCAUCCAUCAGAGGCAGACUGGUUUGUCUAACAGAGCACUGACUGGGGGUUAGGAGAUGUGACCUCUAGGCUGAGGGCUGCCAUUUGCUGGCUGAGCAACCCUGGGAAAAGUGAAUUCAUCCCUUCGGUCCUACGUUUUCUCAUCUGUAAUUGGGGAAUUAACUACACACCUGCUAAACACACACACACACAGAGUCUCUCCCUAUAUAUAUAUACACAUGUACACAUAUAUACAUCCUACACUUUCGAGGCUAGAGGGAACUGGUGACAUUCUACAGUCUGACUAAUUCUGUGUUUCUGGAGAGCAGGAUGCAAAUGUGUGGUAAGAAUGAUCAAAGACUCUACACACUGGGUGGCUUGGACAGCCCACGUUCCCAGAAGAAUCCUUGAGAGAAAAGGAAGAAUGGGAGCAAUGGCGUUGAUUUCACUUCAAGCCAAAUGCUGGUGCAGAGGUGAAUGGCUCAGCGAGCACUACAAUAGGUGACCUGGAGGAAGGUCACAGCUGCACUGAAAAUGGGAUGUGCGUGAACACAGCGGAUCCAUGAACUACUGUAAAGUGUUGACAGCGUGCACACUGCGGCCAGCAGGUGACGUGUGUGUGCAAUGCGAUGAGAAUGCAGAAGUCAGUAAUGUGGGCGAUGUUUGUUGUGCUCCUUUUUUCCUGUAGAGCUGCUAAAGUACAGAAUUUAGCAAAUAAAAAGGGGCCACCCUGCCCAAAAGUGUCUUUAAAGUUCUAGGUACAUUGUCAACUUCAAGUCCAGAGAGGUUCCAAAGGACACCUUUGGUCAAGAGGACUGGGGGUGGGGGAGGAGGCGGGGGAGGAGCAGCCCCAGGAGUCCAGAACCCGGGGCUGCAUGAGAACCCCAAUUGAGGCAGCUAGCAUAAGCCUCACCUGGUCAGGGUGACCCUGGGCCUUUCCUGGAGGUCCCACCCCACAGGAAAUCCUUGGGGGACCCUCUUUUCCUUGACAGCUUACUCAGGGUAUCUCAGCCCCUCUUAGUCUACUCAUUUAGGACCUAUCUCUGGAAGCCUCUACCCACCCCUCUCCCCUACCAGGUAAAGAAAAGAGCCAACCGCAGAGAAGGAAUGGGGGAGGAAACUGGUUGAGGGGUGAAGGGAUUGAUGAGCAGGGCCUGCACCUUGCCUUCUAACCCUCUCAAAGCUCAGGAGCCUGAGUUGGUUUAUCUCCAUCCCCGCUUCCUGGGCUUUUUCCAGCCAGCCCAGUGGUGGGACAGUCUAAUUGCAUCAACUGAGUGUUUUCCAGAGGCCACAGCCCUUCACCACCUGGAGGGGUCUCUCCAGGAGCAUGAGAUCGCUGAAGACCUGUUCCUUCCUUUCCUUUGAUUAUCUUGUAUACUUCUCUGUGUUGUCUGUUAGAGUGUGUGCUAAUUUUAUAUUUGACCUAAACUGGAAACACACUUUCAGUUUGCAAAAACAAAGACCAUAUUUCUCUA